UGAGCCUUGGCUGGUCCUAAGAGCGUCAGCCAAAGGACAUCUGAAUAUAUUUAUUCGCACCAUAGAGAGGGGUCUACUAUGCAACUGCAUACUGGAUGCCUACUGAGAAGAGAAUACAAGUCAAAAAUGUCCUAGACAGGAAUGGGGAUGCCUAUGGCUUUUACAAUAACUCUGUGAAAACCACAGGCUGGGGCAUCCUUGAGAUCAGAGCGGGGUACGGUUCUCGAUCCCUGAGCAAUGAGAUCGUCAUGUUUGCAGCCGGCUUUUUGGAGGGUUACCUCACUGCCCCACAUAUGUAUGACCACUUCACAAACCUCUACCCACAGCUGAUUAAGGAACGUUCCGUGUUGGAUAAAGUACAGGAGUUUUUAACGAAGCAAGAUCAGUGGGCCCGGGAUAACAUCAGAAAUUACAAGGAUGACCCGUUUUGGAGACACACAGGCUAUGUUAUGGCACAAAUGGAUGGGCUAUAUGUAGGGGCAAAGAAGAGGGCUACAGUAGAAGGAACAAAGCCCAUGACCCUGUUCCAGAUUCAGUUCCUGAAUGCUGUUGGAGAUCUGCUGGACCUGAUUCCCUCACUUUCUCCCACAAAAAACUCCGGCCUGGAGGCUUUUAAGAGAUGGGACAUGGGACAUUGCUCUGCUCUUAUUAAGGUUCUUCCUGGAUUUGAGAACAUCUUUUUUGCUCACUCAAGCUGGUACACGUAUGCUGCCAUGCUCAGGAUAUAUAAACACUGGGACUUCAACAUCAUUGAUAAAGACACCAGGAGUAGUCGCCUCUCUUUCAGCAGUUACCCAGGGUUUUUGGAGUCUCUGGACGACUUUUACCUUCUCAGCAGUGGUUUGGUAUUGCUGCAGACCACAAACAGCGUGUAUAAUAAAACCCUACUGCAGCACGUGGUACCCAAGUCUCUCCUGGCCUGGCAAAGAGUCCGGGUGGCCAAUAUGAUGGCAAACGGAGGCAAGCAGUGGGCAGAGGUCUUUUCAAAAUACAACUCUGGCACGUAUAACAAUCAGUACAUGGUCCUGGACCUGAAGAAGGUAAAUCUGAACUACAGCCUUGGUAAAGGCACUCUGUACAUCGUGGAGCAAAUUCCUGCCUAUGUAGAAUAUUCUGAACAAACUGAUGUUCUGCGGACAGGCUACUGGCCCUCCUACAACAUUCCUUUCCAUGAAAAAAUCUACAACUGGAGCGGCUAUCCAAUGCUGGUUAAGAAGCUGGGUUUGGACUACUCUUACGAUCUGGCUUCACGAGCCAAAAUCUUCCGGCGUGACCAAGGGAAAGUGACUGAUAUGGAAUCCAUGAAAUAUAUCAUGCGCUACAACAAUUACAAGAACGAUACUUACAGUAACGGUGAUCCCUGCAAUACCAUCUGCUGCCGUGAGGACCUGAACUCACUUAAUCCAAGUCCUGGAGGUUGCUAUGACACCAAGGUGGCAGAUAUCCACCUGGCGUCCGCGUACACAGCCUAUGCCAUUAGUGGGCCCACAGUACAAGGUGGCCUCCCUGUUUUUCACUGGAGCCGUUUCAACAAAACUCUCCAUGAGGGAAUGCCAGAGGCCUACAACUUUGAUUUUAUUACCAUGAAACCAAUUCUGUAACUUGACAUGAAAUGGAGGGAGAUGAGAUACAAAGGGCACUAUUUUAACUACGUUUUCCCAUUCAAACUUAGUCUUAAAAUAUAUUCAAUCCAGUCUAUCACUUUCAUUUUUCACUGCCAAUUUUGUCAUGUUUAAAACAAGCAUUUACUACAGGGUGGAGCACCGUAGAAGAAAACAUUACAUACGAUGAACGACAAUACCGUUUUAGCGCACAAGCUUAUACACAAGAAAGUAUGGUAGAAGCUGCUCCCUCGCUCACCAAAAUCCGUUCUCUGCUUUUAAGCCUGGCCCCGCAGACCACACCUCCCAGGCUGCCCUGGGCAGCUGUGCCACGUGGCGGAGUUCUCGCGAGUGGACUCUUUCCAGGCCUGGCCCCUAACAGCCUGUACUGCUCAUGCUGUUUCCCCUUCUCCCAGCUGGAUGUGCUUGAUGACAGAGCUCUAGGGGGUGGUGGGACCUGCAAUAGGAAUACUCCAAUAGUGUUCUUUUCCUGGUCAUUAGGAAGCAACAGCUGAGUCUUUUUCUGGCGCAGGAUAGGCACAUAAUACAGCAAACUUUAACGUUGUCUCCCAUUAGUUAAAAGCAGCAUAUCUAAUCUGGGAGCAACUCUGCAUAACAAACUUUUCUUUCAAAGCUGGAGAACUGUAUGUGGUUUGAGUACCGUGGUACUGUCAAGUUAAGUUAAACGAGCCAUACUGAACGGUGUAACAGUGACUCUCAACAAGGUGAAAGACUCCCAAAAGAAAAAGCAAAGAAACACAAGGGCUGAGAAUAAUCAGAAUGAAUCAGAGUACACAGGAUGUGAAAAACCCAGCAGUUUAUUUCAAAGUAUAAAUUUCAGGCUUGCUGAACAAAAUCCCACUACAGUUAACACUUAUACAGACAACACUCUACUGUACAUUUAAAAAA